AUGUCACAGUCAGAUUCUACCGAAGUACCGCCAGAAUUAUCUCCCGAUCUCAAUUCUCCACCGCUGACAGAUCUCGCUUCACAAGACCCGCUUCCACCACCGCUACCGCCUCCACCACUCUUUGGCUUCCGCACACAUAGUCGCGACUUUCACAAAUCCUUUCCUCCACGUUGGGAUGAAUUCUGUGUACAAUGGUGCAAGCAGAUGAAUAGCCGACGCGAGGUUGGCCAAAGCGCAGUGUGUAGAAUGGCAUGUUUGAGAAGAAAGAAGAGGGAUGAAAAUGUGAGCAAAGCACAUGCGGAUAUCGACAGCGUUGAAGCGGUGCAUAACGUGGAAAAGACCGUUGAAACGAAUAAGAAUGAUGCGGAAAAGAAUGAGGUUAAACCCAACGGAAGCAAAUGGAACCCUCUUGAUGGAUACUACUUUUAUUAUGUGAAGGGCGUGGACAAGUGCGUUAGGCAUACUGAAGGAAUGAAUUCAAGAGAAAAGUUAACGACUGAUAAUUUGGAGACAGAUCCCUCUGCAGAAGAAUACGAGAUAGAUCUGGGUGAAAAGUUGGAAACGACAAAAUCCGAAACGACGAGAAUCAUAAAACGAGCAUUCACUCCCGGUUACCACUUGACCAAACGUUACAUAGAAUCCUUCACGGAUGGAACACAAGCUGCGUUCUUUCAUAAAUUCACCGAAAGCGUGCAGCGUCUGGAUGCUGUUCAUCUUGUCGGAGACAAUGCAAAAAAAGCAUGGGAUGUUUGGUUUGGUGGUGAAGGAAAUGGGGAAGAAUCGACGCUGAGAAAUUGGAAGCAAUUGGAGGUUGAAGAGAAGAAUGAUAUUUUAACAUUUUGUGGAUGGACGAGAGAGAUUUAUAGGUACAUGCAAGGAAGAAGAUUAGCAUUAUGA